AUGGCCGGUCCCCUGUGGCGGGCCGCAGCAUUUGUGCAGAGACAUAGGACUGGCCUGUUGGUGGGUUCCUGUGCAGGCCUGUUCGGGGCCCACAUCUCAUACCACCUCGUCCCAGAUCCCGUGAUGCAAUGGCUGUACCAGUACUGGCCUCAGGGUCAGCCAGCCCCACUCUCCCCAGAGCUGCAGGGGCUCUUCCAAGAGGUGCUGCAGGACAUCGGUGUCCCCUCCGGCCACAGCUACAAGGCUUUCACCACGUUCACCUUCCAGCCCGUGAGUGCUGGCUUCCCGCGACUCCCUGCGGGGGCCGUAGUAGGCAUCCCAGCCACCUUCCUGGGUGGCAUGUUGAUCAACACUGAUCACCCAGUGGUUGUACACGGGCACAGAGUGAACUGGCAGAGCCCAGCAGGCGCCCGGCUGAGAGAUUCCCUGACCCUGUCCCAUGACGCCCAGAAGUUUGCCUUGGCCAAGGAAGUGGUGUACGUGGAGAGCGGUGCAGCUGCCCUCCAAGCCCUGCCGGCCCCAGCCUGCCUAGCGGGAACCUGGGCCCUGGGUGUGGGUGCCAAGCAUGCCCUGGGGCUCUACGGAGGCCCCAUGAAUUUACGGGCUGCCUUCAACCUGCUGGCGGCCGUGGCGGGCUUUGUGGCCUACGCCUUGUCGGCGGACUCGCUCACUCAUGCCCUGGAAGCCUGGCUGGACCGCCGCACAGCUGCCCUAUCUGCAGCCUAUGCCCGGGGCGGGGUGGAGUUCUAUGAGAAGAUUUUGUCGGGCAACGUAGCCCUGCGCAGUCUCUUGGGCGGUCCUGGAGAGAAGCUGUAUACGCCCAGCGGGAACAUCGUCCCCAGACACUGGUUCCGCAUCAAACAUCUGCCCUACACGACCCGCUGGGACUGUGUGCUGCAGGUGUGGAGGGCAGCACUCAACCCGCGCCGCUCCUGAGAGACUCCUCGCAAGGACAGAGGCGCCUCACGCAGGCGCUACUCUGCCGUUGACUCGGGGCUCUCGGUGCCUCUGGACCCACAGCCCAGUGUCAGAUGAAUCAGAGACUCUGGAAUGAAACGGCCUAGCAUCUACCCC